AAAGAGACUGAUAGUUUUGCAGUGUUGGUUCCCUUUCAACCGAAAAAAAGAAGAUAGUUUUGCAAUGUGAAUAGAUAAUAUAUUUACAGAGCAAUUAUUUAUUCCCGAGUAAAUUGGCAUUUCGAGACUGAAGCGAAGAAAACUCUCGUAAGCAAUCCUGCAAUGGACACUGUAGCAACUCAAUUGAAGCUCGCCCUUUUAGCCAUAUCUUUGCUUUUCUUGCCUUUUCUUCAAGCCACUGAUUUCAAAUAUUGCGAUAAUGGAGGUAAUUAUGUUGUGAAAGUCAAUGGAAUCGAUAUAUCACCUAAUCCAGUGGUUAGUGGCAAGCCAGCCACCUUUUCCAUCUCAGCUUCUACUGGUCAAGCAAUCUCUGGAGGCAAAGCGGUGAUUGAUGUUUCCUACUUUGGGUUUCAUAUCCAUCAAGAAACGCAUCCACUUUGUGAGGAAACAUCCUGUCCUAUUGCAGUUGGCAACUUUGUACUCUCUCACAAUCAAGUUUUACCUGGAUUUACUCCACCGGGUUCCUACACGCUUAAGAUGACAUUAACGGGUGAUGGAAUUCCACAAUUAACUUGCAUUUCGUUCGAUUUCAAAAUUGGUUUCGGUGCGUCUGGAUUUUCAAUCUCCGAUGCCUAACCCACCAAGAACAUGGGUAUAUGAGUGUUGGCAUGAAUGUAGGGGGAUGUUUGCUUAUUUUAGCUAUGGACAGAUCUCAAGUUGUGAACAUCUUUGUACUUUUACCGGUCUAAUAACUACUAGGCUCUAUCAAGGAAAAAGAAGCAGGCAAUCAUUCCAUAUUAAA